AUGCGAAUCGUCUUUGUCGAUGACGAGCAGCCUGCUGGCAACAAUCCGCCGACGAUGCCGCGAAGAGGCGUCAAUGUGCUGGCGCAACACAGUGAUUCCGGCAUAGAAGAAGGACCAGCCUACUCUUCUGCUCGAUCUACGCCAUUCCGAGCUGAGCGGAACGAGGAGAACUAUCCACGACGAGAUCGGAACAAUAAUAACCACCGCCCCGAAUAUGCUCAUCGCGCCAAGUAUGAAGGCGAAAGAUAUGCUCACCGCGAGAAAUACUUGCUGGAAGUUGAUGAGUACUAUCACGAUCGGUGCUUCCCCGGACGCCAAGAUCAUUUUGACGAAGAGAAAGAUCUCAAUGAUGUGGCAGAAAUGGCUGAUGAAAGUCCGAUCGUUGGCUUUUACAACCAAGGAACCAACAGAACAGAUUUUCUUGGGCUGAAGUAUCGGCACUAUUUCAGCUUUGAUACUCAGAACGGACACGAAUGUAUUGGUAGCUGGAUGACAGCAGAUGGACAUCUUUUCCUCAAAACGGACAAGAAUGGCCUUGGCAAAAAUGCACAACCCGGAGAUGAUCCUCCAGAAAACUUUGAGUAUCGAAAGAAAGGACUCCAACCCGAUCUUGUUGGAAAUCCAAAUUACACGCCUCUGAACUCGCGAUACCCGAAGAGAUUCAAGUCACGCAAACCCAAUGAAGGAAACCGUGGCUUUAACCGUGGAACACGAGCGCCCAAUGUCGGUGGCGCGCGGCGCGGAAAUACUUACUUCUUCAAAGGAUCCACCAGCGGCAAGCGCGGAAAACGAUGGGGCUUUGGAUAUCGUCCCUAUUAG